AUGUCUACUCCACCAAGUCCGUCCACAGCCUCUCCCUGGGUCCUCCUCGCCAUCACCAGCGGCACCUUCGCGGCAUUGAACGGUGUCUUCGCAAAACUAACAACGGACAAUCACACCACAUCAUUUGCCCACUCCAUCGCCCACCUAUUUGGUUUAGAAUCUUCUCCUUUCCUCGAAUUGCUCGUGCGAGGUGCCUGUCUGGGCCUCAAUGUGCUAUGCAAUAUCAUCAUGUGGGCGCUUUUCACGCGUGCAUUGACGGCCGGCCCUUCGACGACUAAGGUUUCCAUUACGAAUACGGCUUCUAAUUUCUUGGCUACGGCGAUGCUGGGCAUGGUUGUUUUCCAAGAGGCGGUUGGGGGGUUAUGGUGGUUGGGUGCUGGGAUGAUGGGGGCUGGAUGUAUUCUGGUUGGAAUGCGGGAGGGGGCUUGA